GUGCGGCAGAAUUCGCUUGCAGAUCUCCAGCAGUGUUUCAUUUUUCGAGUAGUUAUUGAUAAAUAAACGUAUAAAUAAAUAAUUAUUUGCAGUGAAGUUUGAAUUAAUUAAAGGAAGACGUGAGUGAUUUAAUUAAGAUAACAAAUAAUUCGUCUAGACUCUUCCGUCAUCGCAAAUAAACUUCCAGUUUUAUUCUCCUUCUCAGCUCGCUUUUAUUCAGCGACUAGAAGAUUUUUUAUUUUUAAUUAAAAUUAGCACUUAAUUGUGGACACUGUGGAGUCGAAUGAGAUUAUAAGGAACAAGGAGACAGGAGGACUGGAAAUCUGGAGGGUGAUUUUUAUUUGGAAAAUUCGGCCUUUUUAAAACGUAGUCAAUAAAUAGAAUGGUAGCAUCUCAAAACGACGGAGAUAGAAGCGGAGGUGGUGAUAAUACUUCGCCGACAUCUAACAAUGCACCAUCGCCAACACCAGCAGAAACACCAGCUGCUGAUGAAAAUGAAACAGCAGUUUACACAGUAUCAGUUAGUGGGGUUGGAUAUAGAAAUGAAGGAUACAAAGAAGAUGGCACUGAUGGAAUACCACCGGAACCAACAAAACCACCCGCGCUGCCAGCCCCCGAGGAUGACACGCAGUCACGUAAAUUCAAAUUAUCUCGCAGCGAAAAGUGGCGGAUACUCAAAAAUAUCGGCACUGUGUCGAUAGCUUUCAUGGUGCAAUUUACCGCUUUCCAAGGGACUGCUAAUUUACAGUCAUCUAUAAACGCCCACGACGGUCUGGGUACCGUAUCACUGUCGGCGAUUUACGCCGCGCUGGUACUGUCAUGUAUAUUUGUGCCGACGUUUCUUAUCAAGAGGCUCACUGUCAAAUGGACCCUCUGCUUAUCGAUGUUGUGCUACGCGCCCUACAUUGGCUCACAGUUUUACCCAAAGUUCUACACCCUGGUGCCGGCUGGAGUCCUACUGGGUCUCGGCGCCGCUCCAAUGUGGGCAGCAAAAGCCACCUACUUGACCCAAGUCGGUGGUGUCUAUGCUAAAUUGACCGAUCAACCUGCCGACGCAAUCGUUGUCAGAUUCUUCGGGUUCUUCUUCCUCGCCUGGCAAACUGCUGAGCUCUGGGGAAAUCUCAUUUCAUCUCUCGUACUAAGUGAAGGAGAAUUUGGUGGCGAAGGUGAUGUUAACUCAACGCGAUAUGCAAAACUAAAAAGUUGUGGUGCUAAUUUUUGUGUGAUCGGCAACGGCGGGGACGAAUCCUUGAAAAGACCACCAGAUUCCGAGAUAUACGAGAUAUCAGCGAUCUAUUUAACUUGCGUCAUCGUCGCUGUUAUUAUCGUCGCACUUUUUGUGGAUCCUCUUUCAAGGUAUGGAGAAAAACAACGCAAAGCUGAUAGCACAGACCUAAGCGGAAUCCAACUGUUAUCAGCGACAGCUUACCAAUUAAAAAAACCAUACCAACAGUUACUAAUACCAAUAACAGUAUGGAUUGGAAUGGAACAGGCAUUCAUCGGCGCCGACUUUACUCAGGCAUACAUUUCAUGUGCACUUGGAGUUCAAAAAGUCGGCUACGUCAUGAUAUGUUUUGGAGUCGUAAAUGCAAUUUGUUCAUUACUUUUCGGUUCGGUAAUGAAAUUUGUCGGAAGACAACCACUAAUGGCUCUGGGUGCUAUCGUACACGCGGCGUUAAUUGGAGUCCUUUUGGUAUGGAGGCCACACCCUGAAAAUGCAUAUGUAUUUUUUACGGUUUCCGGAUUGUGGGGAGUCGGUGAUGCUGUUUGGCAAACACAAGUUAACGGUCUCUAUGGUACACUCUUUAGACGCAACAAAGAAGCUGCGUUUUCAAACUACCGUUUAUGGGAAAGUGCCGGUUUCGUAGUGGCGUACGCAUACAGUACACACCUUUGUGCGCGUAUGAAGCUCUACGUGAUGCUGACAGUUCUGAUAAUAGGUUUUAUGGGUUACAUAGUCGUCGAAAUUCUCCACAGGCGCAAACAAAGGCGACUAAAAGCCCUCGCCGAGGAUCCAAAGGCCGCCCAAGCGGCAGCGGAAGCGAACUUGCCCGAAGAAACCGACGACGAGAAGGACGAUAUCGAUGACGAUAUCAUCAUAACACACUUGUAGGAGGAUUUAAAUUACCAAUCAAGUAAGCCUGACGACACAUAACGGCCAGGUCAAUUUAGCCUCUCUUACCUCGUUCGCAAGCUCGCUCGUCGACCCGCGCGACCAAUUUAAAUAUUUAAAUACUUAAAUAUAAAUAAACUAAAAGCUUUAAUUUAUGUCAAUAAUAAUAAUUAUCAUUAUUAUAUAUUAUUUAUUAUUUAAAUAAUUAUCGCGGGUUUAUUUAUAAGUUCGCCGGGGCGACGAUCGACGGAAAAAGCUUGAGCCAUUGGAUCCGUAUCGGGUUUUGUGUAAAAACUCUUUGAACGCGUCCGUUAAAUUGUACAGUAUGUUAUCGAAUAUAUAAUGGAUUAGAAAGUGUGAUGAUUUAUUAUUUAUCAAUAAAUUUAUUAAUUAAAAUCGAUUGGAGAAUCGUGAGAAGACCGACCGGUUUAGUUUUUAAACUGAUCGGCUGUCAUUGAGUGUAUCAAGGGACUCAUAUGAGCACCCGGAGAUUAUUAAGGAAUACUAAUUUGUUAUUUUUAAUUUUAAAUGUUAUAUAUAUAAAUUUAGUAUGUAAUGUGUAAUUGUUAUAUUAUAUAUAUAUAUAUCAUGUAGGCCGCGUCGCGCGUGCAAUAACACGUUUUAAAUUUUAAAAUUCAACUUACGACACUUGCGAAACAGUAUUUUUUACACGUUUAUUUAAAACGUUAUCAAGGACAUUUUCAGUUCUUAAAUAAUUCAUUGAAAUUUUUUUUUUUUAUUAAACUUAUCGGAGGAUAAUUUAUUUCAUUGUUCGGAUCUAUGUCGAGAUCUACGAGAUUAAAAUUUAAAAAAAAUUUCAAUUCCCGGCAAAUUAAAUUUGAAUUUUUUUCCCGCGUAUUUAAAAUAAAAUUAAUAAUUGCUAGUAAAAAUAAAUUCAUUUUCUAUGAGUUAAUGUCCUUGCUUACAUUGAAGACAACUUUAUAAAUAUACAUAUUUAUGUAUUUAUAAUUGUAUUUAUAUCGAUAUAUACAUUUAUAAAAAAAUAAACGGUAGUAACAAUGAUGGAUUAUCAUGACCAAUAAAUCCGAUCGUUUUUUUUUAUCGGUAAUUAUUUAUUCGGCCUUCGAUCGGUACUGUUUAAAAUAAGUACUGAGUACUGGUUGUAAUUUUUUUUUGUUAAUAAAUAAAAAGCUGAAAAAAUCAAACUAUUAUACUUUAUUACUCUGGUAUGUGAAGUACAUUACGAAUUACGAUGAUACUGAGUGUCUAUUAUGUACACGAUUAUUUAUUUUUUAUUAAUUAUUUGAGCUUUGAGUUUAUUUUAAGAAUACUUUUCUUCCCUUAGCAGGUAUUAUAUGAAAUAUGAAAUUAUGUAAAAAAAAAAAAAAGCAUUACAGGAAACAAGAAGUUGCAAGACACGCCUAUAGCAACUAUUUAUAUCCGUGCGUGAUACGAGUUUAGUUUUUUUUAAAUUAAUAAAUUGCGGGGCUCUAAGUGAUAUUAAAUUUUAAAAACAAU